AUGUACUUAGCUCACACAAGGCCUGAUAUUGCCUAUGCAUUAAGUGUUGUUAGUCAAUAUAUGCAUAAUCCUAGAGAGAAACAUAUGAAUGCAGUGAUGAGAAUUUUGAGCUAUUUGAAAGCAACUCCUAGAAAAGGAAUUUUGUUCGCAAAAGAUGAUAACUAUUUGAAGAUCGAAGGCUACACUGAUGCUGAUUGGGCUAGUGAUGUGGGUGAUAGAAGGUCCACGUCAGGAUAUUUUACAUUUGUUGGUGGAAAUCUUGUCGCGUGGAGAAGUAAGAAACAAAAUGUUGUUUCUAGUUCAAGUGAUGAAGCAAAAUAUAAGGGAAUGACCCUUGGAGUUCAAGAAUUGUUAUGA